UACAAUUCAUGUCCCAACACAUCUAACUGCUCUCAUCACGUGCUCUCCUAUACCUCCUUCUUCACUCCUCUCUCUGCACCAUUCUGCCUAGUUAUCUAUCUCUUUUGUUGGCUUCUUCCCUGCAAACCUUAUCCAAUCUUUUGGGUCGUUACAGGAUUUAUUCUAGUAGUUUUGUUCGUUGGUUGACAAAGAAAUUAACCCUCUCUCUCCAUAAAACUUUAAAGCUUUUGAUACUGUAACUCACACACUACACCACAAGACAUGGACAACAACAACAACAGAAAGAAAGUUGGAGGAGGUUCAGGUUCUUCCUCAUCUCCUACCAAUUUUGAUCAUCUUUUUGGUCCAAAAGAUCCCUCCACCAUUUCAUCUUCCACAUCCAGCAUCUUUGGCUCCAUGUUUCCACCUCCAUCCACUGCUGGAAGGAGAGAUCCAAUAAAGCAGGACAUGGGAACCAAAAAUUAUGGAGCACCAGGUAAAGGUGAAAGCAGUGGUGGCACCUCUAACAGGAAUAACACUAGUACCAACUAUCAGAAUGAAACAGUGGAACCCAGCUACUACAGCUCAUCCAUCUAUUAUGGUGGUCAAGAAAAUUAUUCCCCCAGAACCAGGACCACUGAAUCCCAGCAAAAUUUCAAGAAAGAUAAGGAUGACGAUGAUUCUAAUGGAAACGAUUCAAACAGUGCUUCAAGAGGGAACUGGUGGCAAGGUUCCCUUUAUUAUUAACAUCAUAAUAUCGAUCAGAGUGUAAACUGACCAUCCUGCUGAUGAGGAUGGUGAUCAACCACAUACGUUGUAUAAUAAGCAGUAGCAGUACUCUAAUUAACAGUAAGGAAAUAAGACACGGUAGUGCAGAAAACGACUCUAGUAGUGUUUUGGCGACAUGUGUUGGGUCUUUUUAGUCACAAGCAAGCUCGCACACAAAGGUUAAUUGCACAGAAGAAGUCAACCCUCAGCAGCAGCUUGGAGCAUGUUGAUUUUGUUGUUUUUUGUUUUUUGUAUUUUACAAAAAAGGUUUCAUGAGGGUAUAACUGACCUUUAGUUUUAGUGUGUUUUGUUAUAAUCAUGUGACGAUGUUACAUGAUUUUGAUAUGGUUUGUACUGGUUCUAUCUAUAUAUAUAUAUAUAUAUUAUAGUA